CGGAGACUGGGAUUUCCUAAGUCUAUGCUCCAUCCAAAAUCCAGAGCGCAGGCCUGGAUCCAAACAAGACGUCUAACAAAAUUGGUACUUCUCGGCCGCAGACAUCUCCACAUUAUGCCUUCAGCGAAAAACACUCCAUCCGGGUUACGGAUAUUGAUGCUUCAUGGAUAUACGCAGAGUGGACAACUGUUCCACGCAAAAACCCGGGUUCUUGAAAAACACCUGCUGAAAUUCUUUCCUGGGGUGUCAUUAAGCUACCCUACCGCACCUAUUCGAUUACGGCCCAGUGAUGUGCCGGGAUUCGAUGCAAGCACCAGUGAAGAAUCCGACAGUAUCGAGGCUUAUGGUUGGUGGCGGCGGUCUGACACGUCCAAUCCCCCAGAAUAUGUUGGCCUUGAUACCGGGUUGGAAUCUGUCGCCAAAAUACUCGAAUCCGAAGGUCCAUUCGAUGGGGUGAUUGGUUUCUCCCAAGGGGCUGCCCUAGCGGCCAUGGUCACCUCCUUACUUGAAGGGCCGUCGCGGAAAGAGGCAUUCAGCUCAGCAAGAACAAAGUCUCCUCUGGCCAUCUCAUACCCUCCAUCCUUCGAAAGUCUCAACCAUCCACCACUAAAAUUCUGCGCGGCUUACUGUGGCUUCAUAGCGCCGGGUGAACGGUACCUAGGCUUCUACGAGAACCCUCACAUUCAAACUCCGGUCUGCCAUUUCAUCGGUAGUCUCGACAGUGUGGUCGAUGACUCACGAACACAAGCCCUCGUGGAUGCUACUGGAGGUAUUGCUACUGGAGGUAUUGGAAAGACUCAAGUGGUGACUCACCCAGGGGGCCAUUUCGUACCGAAUGGAAAACAGUACCUGGACACCAUUGCCGCCUUCAUCAAGCAGACGACAGUCGUAUCACGUGACCAUGACUCACAAGAGGAGCGAGUCGAGGACAUGGAUGUUCCAUUUUGAGCCACCAAGUGCGAAAGACCUUGAUGUAUCUCGCUGUAUUUAUACCCCAUAGACUGUGCACAGUGUCUGCACAUUACACCGAACUCGAUCAAUACAAUUUAAGCUACUUGCGCUACUCUGUGACUGGUGAUGACUUUUUUCUCCGCUCGAGUCCAAAAGUCGUGAUCAAAAAGGGUUUAGCGCACAACCUUGCCAAGAUUACCCAAGUUCGAAGUUAUUCGCACACUUCUCAAAGACGAUUUCGAUUGCCACACCGACCAGCAUCUCAUCGAGCCAGUGCACCUCCUUCGACACUCAAUCUCCAUCUCGAUCAAGUCAGUAGACACAUCAACAACUCAAUCAACCUUGAAAAUCCGUCAAGAUGGUUCUCGCAGUUGAUCUUUUGAACCCUACUCCUCAGGCUGAGGCCCGCAAGCACAAGCUCAAGACUCUUGUGCCCGCCCCUCGCUCAUUCUUCAUGGACGUCAAGUGCCCCGGCUGCUUCACCAUCACCACCGUCUUCUCACACGCACAAACCGUCGUCAUCUGUGCCGGUUGCUCAACCGUCCUUUGCCAGCCCACCGGUGGCAAGGCCAGACUCACAGAGGGCUGCUCUUUCCGAAGAAAGUAGACGACUCGUUACGGGAAUGAAUUGAUGGCAUCUGCUUGCUUGAUAGAAGAUGGAUUCCUGGUCUCGAACCAAACUCACCACGAAUGGAGUUCCGGAUAUCUUGCAAAAAAGACUUUUUUCAGCAUGGCGGGAUAUUUUGAUUGUCUUUUGACCGUGGCCACACGGGAGCGUCGAGCAAUGCGACAGACAGACGGACAGACAGACGGUAUAUGGGGAUGUGUCUGUCACGAGUUUCAAACCAAAAAAAAGUCCUUUACUUGCAUUGGAUCGACCGGCAGAGACAGAAGAUGAUGCAUGAACAUGUUCCACGUUGAUGUGUGAGGACGGCAUGUCUUGCUGUUGAGGAGGCCUUGAUCCCUGCACGAAGAUACAAUCGUGGUUUACAGGUGGACAGGCAUGUACUCAUAGUACGAAAGUGAACCAAUAAAAUCCCAUUGAAAAGCA